CGAGAAGGGAAAGUUGGGAAAACACAGAAAGAUCAACGAAAGGUCCUUCAGCUUCUUCCCCUGCUCACCUUCUAUUCGCAUACUCAGACACUCCAUUAAUGGCGACUCCGAUUUCGGAUUUUGCGUCAAAGCCCACCAACUGGUCAGCCAUGGAAUCGUGGUUUCUGUUCCGAUGGACCCUUUUUAAGAAUCCCCACUUGGGUCCUGAGUAUUCUUCGUCAAGGAGACGACUUGUACGAACAUUUGUAUUAUCGUCUCGGGCCGUGCUUAAAGCAUGGCUGAGGAUUUGGACAAGCCAUUGCUGAAUUCCGACGCUUUCAACAGAGAUGGAUUUGAUUUGGGAAGAUUGCCAUUGGAGCAAGUAUUUGAACAAUUAAGAACAUUGCCCCAGGGGCUUUCAUCCGGAGAUGCUGAAGAUAGGUUGAAGAUAUUUGGACCUAAUAGACUCAUAGAGAAACCGGAGAACAAAUUUCUGAAAUUCCUAGGUUUCAUGUGGAAUCCAUUGUCAUGGGUUAUGGAAGCUGCAGCCUUGAUGGCCAUUGUCCUUGCUAAUAGUGAAGAUGUGGGUCCAGACUGGGAAGACUUUGUAGGAAUUGUUUGCCUUCUACUAAUCAACGCAACUAUUAGCUUCAUAGAGGAAAACAAUGCUGGGAAUGCUGCAGCAGCUCUUAUGGCACACUUGGCUCUAAAAACAAGAGUUAUUAGAGAUGUGCAGUGGCAAGAGCUAGAUGCUUCUAUUUUGGUACCUGGUGAUAUAAUUAGUAUAAAGCUCGGGGAUAUCAUUCCUGCAGAUGCUCGUCUUCUUGAAGGAGACCCCUUGAAAAUUGAUCAGUCAGUGCUGACCGGAGAAUCAUUAGCUGUGACCAAGAAGAAAGGCGACCAAGUCUUUUCAGGUUCUACUUGUAAGCAAGGUGAAAUUGAAGCUGUUGUUAUAGCUACUGGUCUGAACACAUUCUUUGGAAAAGCAGCAUACUUGGUGAAUAGCACAGAUGUUGUUGGACAUUUUCAGCAGGUCCUUACAUCAAUUGGAAACUUCUGCAUUUGCUCCAUUGCUGUAGGAAUGGUUCUUGAAAUCAUUGCUAUGUUCCCGAUACAACAUCGCUCAUACAGGAUUGGAAUCAACAAUCUUCUCGUCCUACUGAUUGGAGGGAUACCCAUAGCCAUGCCAACUGUACUAUCUGUCACACUUGCAAUUGGGUCUCACAGACUUUCUCAACAGGGUGCCAUUACCAAAAGGAUGACUGCGAUAGAGGAAAUGGCUGGAAUGGAUGUCCUUUGCUGUGAUAAAACAGGAACUCUUACUUUGAAUCGUCUAACAGUAGAUAAAAAUCUUAUCGAGGUUUUUGUCGAUUUCAUGGACAAGGACACGAUUUUGUUGCUUGCAAGCCGGGCUUCUCGGCUAGAAAAUCAGGAUGCUAUUGAUGCAGCAAUUGUUAGCAUGCUUGCUGAUCCCAGGGAGGCGCGUGCCAACAUUAAAGAAGUCCAUUUCCUGCCUUUCAAUCCUGUUGACAAACGUACUGCUAUAACAUAUAUUGAUUCUGAUGGUAAAUGGUAUCGUGCUAGCAAAGGAGCCCCUGAACAGAUCCUAAGCUUAUGCCAAUCGAAAGAUCAGAUUACACCAAGAGUGUAUGCCAUCAUUGAUAAAUUUGCAGAAAAAGGAUUGAGGUCUCUUGCAGUUGCUUAUCAGGAAAUUCCAGAGAAAAGCAAAGACAGUGAUGGAGGGCCAUGGAAGUUUUGUGGUCUUUUGCCAUUGUUCGAUCCUCCAAGGCAUGACAGUGCUGAAACCAUCCUUAGAGCCCUCAACCUUGGAGUUUGUGUUAAGAUGAUCACUGGUGAUCAGUUGGCAAUUGCAAAGGAGAUGGGCAGACGUCUUGGAAUGGGAACCAACAUGUACCCUUCUUCCUCUCUAUUAGGCCACAGCAAAGAUGAGCAUGCUAUGGUUCUAGUUGAUGACCUCAUUGAAAUGGCCGAUGGUUUUGCUGGAGUAUUUCCUGAACACAAGUAUGAGAUUGUAAAGAUUUUACAAGAAAAGAGGCACAUGGUUGGAAUGACGGGUGACGGUGUGAAUGAUGCACCCGCUCUCAAGAAAGCUGAUAUCGGAAUAGCAGUAGCUGAUGCAACUGAUGCUGCAAGAAGUGCUGCUGAUAUAGUGCUAACUGAGCCCGGUUUAAGUGUGAUUAUCAGUGCUGUCUUGACCAGCAGAGCUAUAUUUCAGCGGAUGAAGAACUAUACAAUAUAUGCCGUCUCAAUCACCAUACGUAUAGUGCUCUGUUUCAUGCUUCUUGCACUGAUAUGGAAAUUUGAUUUCCCACCUUUCAUGGUGCUGAUAGUCGCAAUACUCAACGACGGGACCAUAAUGACUAUUUCUAAGGAUCGAGUGAGGCCAUCUCCUACACCAGACAGUUGGAAUCUCAACCAGAUAUUCGCAACGGGUAUUGUCAUAGGAACAUAUCUAGCGUUGGUCACUGUUUUCUUCUACUGGCUGGUUGUCUUCACCACUUUUUUCGAGAAUAAUUUCAAGGUAAAGUCUAUAGCCAAAAACAGCAAACAGGUGUCAUCAGCUGUGUAUCUCCAAGUAAGCAUCAUCAGCCAAGCUCUUAUAUUCGUAACCCGUAGCCAAGGCUGGUCAUUUCUCGAGCGGCCCGGGACUCUCCUGAUCUGUGCAUUUAUUCUCGCCCAACUUAUAGCUACCUUAAUCGCUGUCUAUGCAGACAUAAGCUUUGCUUACAUUAGUGGUAUUGGAUGGGGUUGGGCCGGUGUUAUAUGGUUGUAUUGUCUGAUAUUCUAUAUACCUCUGGAUAUCAUUAAGUUUGUAGUCCAAUACGCUUUGAGCGGUGAAGCCUGGAACCUCGUAUUCGACAGAAAGACAGCUCUCACUUGCAAGAAAGAUUACAGGAGUAACAAUACUCGAACCUUUUCUCAGACAAGUCUGCAUGGUUUGAGUUGUGUUGAGGAGAUCAGUGGUAGGCGUUUUUCCCGAUCUUCUUGGAUCGCUGAAAAUGCUAGACGACGUGCAGAAAUCGUCAGGAGCAGGCUAGGGGAGCAGCACACUGUGACUAGACAUCUAGAAUCAUUGAUAAGGCUCAAAAAAAUCAACACGGAAACGAUCCAAUCCUCCCGUACUGUCUGAAAACACUCGAUGCUGAUUCUUUAUACUUUCAGUUUCGAAACGUAUGACUCAAGGAAUGUUUUGACAAAUUACUACCUUCUUUUGUCCGGCUGGCUUGCUCGAUCAGUGGACAACGACGCGUUUAAAGGACUUACGAGAGAAAAUAGUCGUGUCAUGUAAUAUUUUAUGUUGUUUUCCUAUUGACUGUACCUGAAUUUUGGCUUCAACCUCAAGAAACACAAUUGUUGUAUCUUUGUCCUUUAUUCUAGGGCUCCAAAAACAAGAGUUGUGGCUUCAAAUUUUGGAUUUUCA